CGCAUGAGGUCCAGGAAGUGCUCAGCCUUUGUUUUUGUCCGUUUGCAGUGUUCUCUUUCUCCACUAGAACGGUGUCUUUUCUGUGAGCUCUAAUGGCGACGUUCAUUUCUGUCCCGUUGAAGAAGUCCUCUGAGGUCGACUUAGUGAAACCGUUGUCGAAAUUUGUAACGGCCACCUACCCUCCCGGCGAGGAGCAGGCAGAGCAUCUCCGUGCCGUGGAGGAGCUUAAUAAGCUCCGUAAAAGUGCUCUUGGGAGGCCGCUGGACAAACACGAGAGCUCGCUGGAAAUCCUGCUGCGAUAUUACGAUCAGCUCUGUGCAAUCGAACCCAAAUUUCCCUUUCCAGAGCUAUGCCUGACAUUUACAUGGAAAGAUGCUUUUGAUAAAGGAUCACUUUUUGGAGGCUCAGUCAAGCUUGCCUUGGCAAGUGUGGGCUAUGAGAAGACGUGUGUUUUGUUUAAUGUGGGGGCACUGGCCAGUCAGAUUGCUUCUGAGCAGAAUCUCGAUGAUGAUGAAGGACUGAAGGCUGCUGCCAAAUUCUACCAGUUGGCGAGUGGUGCAUUUGCUCAUAUAAAGAAUACAGUGCUAUCUGCACUAAAUCGAGAGCCCACGAUGGACAUCUCCCCCGAGACAGUGGGCACGCUCAGUCAGAUCAUGCUCAGCCAGGCACAAGAGGUCUUCGUUCUCAAGGCCACCGCAGAUAAGAUGAAGGAUGCCAUCAUUGCUAAACUUGCCAAUCAGGCUGCUGAUUACUACGGUGAUGCUUUUAAGCAGUGCCAGUACAAAGAGAAUCUACCUAAGUAUUUUUAUUUCCAGGAAGUGCUUCCUGUCCUCGCUGCCAAGCACUGUAUGAUGCAGGCUACUGCAGAGAUGUACCAGUCAGCCUUGGCCAAUCAGAAGAAAAAAUUUGGAGAGGAGAUUGCUCGGCUACAGCAUGCCACAGAGCUGGUGAAGACAGCGGCUUCCCGAUACGAUGAGUAUGUGAAUGUAAAGGAUCUGUCCGAUAAGAUCAACCGUGCGCUCACAGCUGCAAAGAAAGACAACGACUUCAUAUACCAUGACCGUGUGCCAGAGGUAAAAGACCUGGAACACAUUGGCAAGGCAUCUCUUGUCAAAGCAACUGCAGUUCAGGCACCACUCAGCCAGAAAUUCACAGAUCUAUUUGAAAAGAUGGUUCCGAUGGCAGUGCAGCAGUCGGUGAGUGCAGCCAAUUCCAAGAAGGCUGACACAGUAAACAGACUUAUCGGCAGCCUGAGAGAAGCAACAAAUCUCUGCAAUGGGGUACUGGCAUCUCUGAACCUCCCCGCCGCGCUGGAGGAUCUGUCGGGAGACUCCGUCCCUCAGUCCAUCCUGGAGAAGAGCCGUGCUGUCAUACAGCAGGGCGGCCUGCAGAGCAUCGAACAGCUGAUUAAAGAUCUGCCGGAACUACUGCAGAGAAACCGUGAGAUCCUGGAUGAGUCUUUAAAGAUGUUAAAUGAUGAGGAAACGACAGACAAUGAACUCCGAGCCAAAUUCAACCAGCGCUGGGCCAGAACUCCAUCUGGAGAUCUUUAUAAACCCCUCAGAGCAGAGGGAAAUAAUUUUCGUAGUAUACUGGACAAGGCAGUGCAGGCUGAUCAGGUGGUAAAAGAGCGUUACAAUUCACAUUGUGAGAUGAUUGCUUUGCUCUGCAAGCCAGAGAAUGAGCUCAGUUCUGCCAUACCAUCAGCCAACCCUGCCAAGACUCUGCAGGGUAGUGAGGUUGUGAACGUGCUGAGAGCUCAGCUGGCACAGCUGGAUGAGGUGAAGAGGGAAAGGGAGGUUCUGGAAGGAGAGAUUAAGUCAGUGACCUUUGACAUGACAACAAAGUUCCUUACAGCACUGGCUCAAGAUGGAGCCAUUAAUGAGGAGGCCUUGACAUCCGGCGAGCUGGACACGCGCUACGGUGCUCACACACAACGUGUCCAGCAGAAUUUACGCAGACAGGAGGAACUGCUGUCUCAGAUACAGGUGUCUCAUCAGGAGUUUUCAGCACUAAAGCAGUCCAACUCUGAGGCCAAUAACAGAGAGGAGGUGUUGAAGAAGCUAGCCUCAGCCCAUGAUAGCUACAUUGAGAUCAGCAGCAAUAUCAAAGAAGGCACUAAGUUCUACAAUGAUCUGACAGAGAUCCUGCUGAAGUUUCAAAAUAAGUGUAGCGACAUUGUUUUCGCCCGCAAAACUGAAAGAGAUGAACUGCUCAAGGACCUGCAGCAGAGCAUUGCUCGUGAGCCGAGUGCUCCUUCAUUCAAUGUUCCAUCUUACCAGUCCAACACCCCCGCACCUGUUCCUGCUGCAGGAGGCCCUACUCCUGCACCCAGGACUGUGUUUCAGCAGCAGCCUCAGGCUAAGCCCCAGCCCCCAGCAAGACCACCACCCCCUAACAUCCCUACACAGGCAGCCAGUGCUUCAGUUCCAGUCAGCAAUCCAGUGCCCCCGAGUAGUGCAAAUCAUCCACCUGUCGCACCAACCAGUGGACCUUCACAGGCUCAAGGACCCCCCUACCCCUCUUAUCAAGGCUACCCAGGGUAUUACCAGAUGCCGAUGGCCUAUAACCCUUAUGCUUAUGGGCAGUUUAAUAUGCCCUGUGUGCCCUAUCAAGCCCAAGGUCAGGUCGGAUACCCUGGAGCCCCUCCUGUGCAGCAGCCCUACCCCUAUCCCCAACAACAACAACAACAACAACCACCACAGCAACAGCCCUAUUACCCUCAACAGUAGAGUACUGUUACCACCAACAACUCUCUACUACUACAGCCACACUCCUUCCUGUAAACAAGCACUCCUCUUACUUGCGCUUAACCAUUAACACCCCUGAACUCGUGCUCUCUAUAUCUUUAACAUCUGUCUUUCUCUGGGCGGAGUUUAGAACAUCAAGCCCCGCCCUCCUCUCUGGUAGGUGGAGUUUCAAGGCCAUGGUUCACAGACAGGUGUGUUCAUAGAGGGAAGAUAGAGGGUCUUUUUUUCUCUUUUGUCUAUCUUACUCUUUAGCCCAAAGUGAAGCUGCUGGCUGCCUGCCACUACUUAUAUCUUAUUUUUGUAAUGAAAACUGACAUAUAAUCUAAUUCAAGUGCUGUAAGUGAUUUCUUACCUUGAGGAUGAUCAUUUUUUGCUGGGAGAAAAACUGUGGUUAUGUCUUACUGUAACCCGAAUAGUAAUAUUAUACAUCCUUCUGUUCAGUCUACAAUCAUUGCCUUGGGAAGGGAACAGUUAAACAGAAUAGAAAAUGGAUUUGUCACUAAAAUAAUUAAUUUGUUUUCUUUUGUUUUCAUGUGAUUAAAAUCUGUCCGAUAUUAAAA